ACACACACACACACACACACACGUAGUAGGCGGAGGCAAAAAGACACACACACACACACAUUGGAGGGAACCCCAUCAGCUGUGGGAAGCAACACAGCUUGAACUUACUUUUAUUUUCAGAUUGCCAGAUUUUGAAGCGAUAUUUUAGAUAUGCGCCAUUGAUGAGUACAGCGAGAGCUCUGUGCUAAAACGUACCUCAUUAUAUUUUAACAGGGACAGCAGUGAAGUAAGAAAAAAAAAAAACAGAAAACACGGACUACAGAAGGUGGCUUUGAAAGCAUGGAAUAUUUCAUGAUGCCGACAGAGAAGCUACCGUCCUUACAGCAUUUCAAGAAGACGGAGAAGGAUGUUAUUGGAGGUCUCUGCAGCCUGGCCAACAUCCCCCUCAGUCCAGAGACUGCCCAGGACCAGGAGAGACGAAUCCGCCGGGAGAUUGCCAACAGCAAUGAACGCCGGCGCAUGCAGAGCAUCAACGCAGGCUUCCAGUCCCUCAAAACACUCCUGCCCCACACAGAUGGAGAGAAACUCAGCAAGGCGGCCAUCUUGCAGCAGACAUCGGACUACAUCUUUGCCUUGGAGCAGGAAAAGACACAGCUUCUGGCACAGAACAACCAGCUCAAACGUUUCAUCCAGGAGUUUAGCGGCUCAUCGCCCAAAAGGAGGCGAGCAGAGGAGAAGGAUGAAGGGAUUGGGUCUCCAGACACGUUAGAGGAGGAGAAAGUCGAGGAGGUGAGGAGGGAAAUGUUAGAGCUGCGACAGCAACUGGACAAGGAACGCUCGGCUCGUAUGCAGCUGGAGGAACAGGUGCGAUCUCUGGACACCCAGCUGCAGCCAGAGCGUCUGAAGGUAAUCACUCAGCAGGUGGAGGAGGAGCAGGCGCUCAUCCAGAGCCAGACGCUGUUACGGCUGCAGCAGAUCCAUGCCGCUGACAGACAACCACACAGUCCACAGGUACUGGCCCCUCCCACUCCCCCUGCUCCAACCCACCACCCCACAGUCAUCGUUCCAGCCCCAACACUAACCCAGCACCCCCACCAUCACGUCACUGUGGUGACCAUGAGCCCAUCUGUCCACACGGGCACUGUGUCCACGUCCAGACAGAACCUGGACACUAUUGUGCAGGCCAUCCAGCACAUUGAACGUGCGCAGGAGAGGAGAGCAAGCGCAGAGGAGGAGCAGAGACGAGCAGUCAUCGUCAGCCCUGCCCACAUCGCCAUGGAUACUGCCUGCUCAGACACAGACACCGACACGGAGGCCGAAGACUGCUCAAUGAACUGAUCCCCACCCCAUGAACUCACAAACACACACAAACACUUAAAAUACCUACUCACUGUAAGAUUCCCUCCAGGAGCGCAACUACUUUAAAAAACAAAAAAAAACAAAAAAAUCUUUCUUUGGCAUUAUCCAAACUCCUAAAUCCAGUGGUUAAGCUCUGUGUCAGUCUUGUACUGUAAAAUCUCUGAAGAUUAAAAACAUAGGAUGGUCAGCGUGCAGGGGAGGCCUGGUAAGGUUGUUUUCAAUGUCAGAGCCGGUCUGUGGCUACUUGAAAACUUGAGGGUCUCCACGUGUAAAAAGCUAUCAGCAUCAGUCCGUCCAUGUGUGUUAUGUGUGCUACCCACAGUCACAGUAUCACACUUAACUGUUGUCAAUGGCUUGCUGACAGUAUUAUUUGUGCUACAAAUUGAUCAAGCCAGUACAGUGGAGAGUUGAAUGUAAUGACACAAUAAGCAAGCAGCUCUUAAUUCUGAAAGGGGAUAUGGAGUUAUUUCUUCCCCAGUCUUAAUUGGUAUGUUUUUCUUUGUUUCCACCACGAAACCCAACUUAAAACUACAACCAAAAGCAUUUCUAAAUUAAUUAAACGUUAGGGAAAAAUUCAAAGUUAAUUGCAAACUUAAUUUGAUAAUGGAUGUUAAAUAAAAUGUCUGAUUUACUUGAAAGAAGGUUGUUUCUGAUAUCUAAAUAAGCCCUUAAAAAUAAGCUGUUGAACAAUAUACAUUGAUUGUCUUUUGAUUUUAAUGUUUUUCAUGUUUUUAACUUUUUCUUUCUGUCAGGGUUACCGAAUGUCGAAGGUGAGCAUUUUGUUAGAUUAAUUUUAACAACUUAAAAUUGGAGGUCAGUCAGGUUUUCACUGAGAACUGGAGGCCUUUAGAUGAAUUCUGAAAGUCUGAUUGCAAUUUGAAGCCCACCCAAGUCAGCCCCCUCGUUUCGUAUCUACUGGUGGUGAUUGUUGCACCUCCGACUUAAAAAAUAAUAAUAAAAUGAACCAAAUGUUGGUUCAUUACUGAGAAACAAACAGCAUUUUAGUGACUGGUGUUAAUUCUCUAUAAAUCUCAGACAAUUUGACUGAAUCAAACUGUCCUUGCAUAUGCAAAUAUGAAAAGUUUGGCUGAUGAGAAAAUCUGAAACAAAUUGACAUGCACUGUUUGCAUGAAGGCUUCUGGUUUUUCUCCAAAGACUCCCAGUCUAUCUUCGGGUCUUGGUUUGUUGAUUUCAGUGACUAUGCACUAGUUUUUCAGCAUUUAUGCAAUUCCAUUUUCAGUCCAUUUGUUGGUGUCAUUAAUACAUGAGGUGAAGUUAUCUAUGCACCGUUGAUAGUUGUGUACAUUACACCUACAGUAUAUAUAUAUGAAACUUAACAUGCUUGUAUCAAAGAAUGUAGUAUCUGCUUGCAAGGUGCUGUUUUGUCAACCUGGUGCUCUGCUGAUUAGUAGCGAGCCGAGGCCCAAACCCGUCAUGUAACUUGACACUUUUGAUCACGUUUAUUAAAUGUCUGCGUCCUUUCCCCAUCUUGGAAUUGCUUAGAGAGUAGGGGGAGCAGGGAGGAGUGGUGUCUGCUUACAGAUGUUAUCUCAUUGUGAGAUGUGAUCACAUAAAUGGGGGGAAAAAACAAAACUUGAGUCUAAAAAGCAUCACUUUGGAAAAGAAAUUCAAGGAAGAGAGCUCACGUAGAUCAGCAGCUUUAGUUGGAAAACUAAGCACAUUCUGUACUGUAGUAUAGUUCAAAGUAUGGUUUCAGUGCAUCAGGUGCCGCAAAUAGUGAAAAGCACUGAACUGAAAUGCAGAUCUCUCCCUAAUUCCUCAAGUCUGUCCACCUCAUGUUAAGUUGCUUAUAUUUCUCUGGAAUUUGACUGGAAAUCCCUGCUUCGAGCCUCCCUCCUGUCACACUCGAUUUGACAUGCUGACUUGAUGCUGUAAACAUUCCUUUUUAUUUGGAUUUGUAUCUGUCUUUUGAUCUCUUAUAUGUUCUGUUGCCAAUUGAAUGCAUGAUACUAAUUGCUGUUUUCUCUUGUCUAAAGCAGGCUUUGGUUUUUGACUUAUUUUUCUGCAGGUUUUUUUUUUUUUUUAUAAACACGUGAAUGAUGCGUUCAGUGUGAAACCGUCAUGUGUGAGAUGUUUGGACACUUCACUCACUGACAUCAGUUUUAUAUCUGGUUAGAGUAGCUAGUAUUUCUCAUGCCAAACAUGGUGGGACAUUCUCAUGUUUUCUUUGUGAAACCUUUUUCAAGGGUUUGGUGUUUGGCUGGUAAAUGGUAAGCCACAGGCUGAGUUUACGCCGAGGUUUGUGAUUGGUCAGCUAAACCCUUUCCCACCAAUGUUAUUGUACAUUGUUAUGCAGCACUGCUGUCUUUAGGUGGAAUUUUAGAUAUUUGAUAUGAAGCACUUGCUGUUCUGUACUGCCUGAAUCAAUGAUGAGGAAGACUUUUUUUGCCAUUUAUUUUUAUAAACUUUGCUGUGACAUGAGUCACCAGCUUUUUAUUGUGUUCUGCUUUACUGUCUUUUCAUCUGUCUUUCUUGUCCGGCUUUCCAUUUUUGGUGACAAGCAAUGUUUUUAUAUUUUUGUUUUUCCCAUCAGUCCAGGUCGAUGAGAAGCUGUUAUAUUUUGUUUAUAAAAACUUGGGUAAACAGGCCUUUGUAAAGAUGAAAAAAAUAAUAAAAAUUUGUACUUUUUUUAUUACA